AUGCAAACACAUCAGCAUGAUGGUAUUAAAGAAUUUAAUGAAACAUUUGGUGGCCUAUAUGGUUUAGAAAAAAGGCUUAAAACAAAUUUAAAAACUGGUUUAACUGGUGAUCCACUCGAUUUAUUACAUCGGAAGAAAAUAUUUGGUCAUAAUGAAAUACCUAAAAAAUCAGCCAAAAGUUUUUUUCGUCUUAUGUUCGAAGCUCUACAAGAUGUUACACUUAUUAUUCUUAUUAUUUGUGCAACCAUAUCAUUUGGUCUUGCUUUUUAUCAUUCUGAUCGUAAUACAUUUGAGCAUCAAUAUGAAAGACAUAAAGAAACAAAUGUUGACUGGAUCGAAGGUGCAGCAAUUAUUUUAGCUGUAAUUGUCGUUAUAUUUGUCACUGCUUUUAAUGAUUGGAGUAAAGAAAGACAAUUUCGUGGUUUACAAAAUAAAAUUGAACAUGAUCAAAAAUUUAAUCUUAUACGAAAUAAUCAAUUAGAACAAGUACCAUUAAAAGACAUAGUUGUAGGAGAUGUAUGUCAAAUAAAAUAUGGAGAUCUAUUACCAGCUGAUGGUGUUGUUAUACAAUCAAAUGAUUUGAAAGUUGAUGAAUCAUCGUUAACAGGAGAAUCGGAUUUAAUAUCAAAAAAUCUUCAUAAAAAUCCAUUUCUUCUUUCAGGUACACAUGUUAUGGAAGGUAGUGGAAAAAUGUUAGUCAUAGCUGUUGGGGAACAUAGUCAAACUGGUGUUAUUUGUCGUUUACUACGUACACCAGUACCAAAAAAAAAUGAAACAACAGAAACAACCAAACCAAAGGCAACCGAUGAUAUACAUAAUGAUCGAAAUAGAGAUAAAGAACGAUCAAUUUUACAAACAAAAUUAACUAAAUUAGCUAUUCAAAUUGGAUAUAUUGGAAUGAUUGUUGCUGUUUUAACUGUCCUUGUUCUUAUUGCACGAUUUUCAUAUGAAGAAUUUGUUAUUAAACGUGAGCCAUGGAAAGCAAAAUAUUGGAAUCGUUUUGUUCGAUAUUUAAUAACUGGUAUUACUGUUCUUGUUGUUGCUGUUCCUGAAGGUUUACCAUUAGCAGUUACUAUUUCACUUGCAUAUGCUGUUAAGAAAAUGAUGUAUGAUAAUAAUCUAGUUCGUCAUUUGGAUGCAUGUGAAACAAUGGGUAAUGCAACAACAAUCUGUUCAGAUAAAACGGGUACUUUAACAACAAAUCGUAUGACUGUUGUUGAAGUUUAUAUUGCUGGUAAACAUUGGAAAAAUAUUAAUAAUCGAAAUAAAUUAGAAGAAAUGCACUUAUCUGAUAAAACCAAAGAAAUUCUUUUCGAAGGCAUUUCUGUUAAUAGUAGUUAUACAUCAAAAUUAAUUUUACCAACAGAAAAAGAAAUUUUACCAAAACAAGUUGGAAAUAAAACUGAAUGUGGUUUAUUAAAUUUUAUUGUUGAACUAGAUGGAAACUAUGAAGCUUUAAGAAAAACAUAUUUAGAAGAAAGUUUUCUUCAUGUAUAUACAUUUAAUUCAAUUCGAAAACUAAUGUCUACAGUUAUUCAACGUUCAGAUACAAUUCGUUUACAUAUGAAAGGUGCAUCAGAAAUUGUUUUACAAAAAUGUACAAAAAUUUUAGAUCAAGAAGGAAAUGUAAUACCAUUAACAAAAGAUGAUUGUAAUUAUCUUUUACAUGAUGUUAUUGAACCAAUGGCGUGUGAUGGUUUAAGAACAAUUUGUAUUGCUUAUAAAGAUUUUCAUGAAAUGCCGAAUGAUUGGAAUGAUGAAACAACUAUAUUUGAAGAUUUAACAUGUAUCUGUAUUUGUGGUAUUGAAGAUCCUGUUCGACCAGAAGUUCGAGAAGCAAUUGAACAAUGUAAAGAAGCUGGUAUAACUGUUCGUAUGAUAACAGGUGAUAAUGUAAAUACAGCACGAUCAAUAGCAUUAAAAUGUGGUAUUAUAUCUCCUACGGAUCAUUUUCUUGUUCUUGAUGGUAAAGAAUUUAAUCGACGUAUACGUCCAAAUCGUUUCGAAGAUGUUGAUCAAAAUUUAUUUGAUAAAAUUGGUUCAAAUUUACGUGUAUUAGCACGAUCAUCACCACAAGAUAAAUAUCUACUUGUGAAACAUUUAGUUGAAUCAAAACAUUCUAUGACACGUGAAAUUGUUGCUGUUACAGGUGAUGGAACAAAUGAUGGACCAGCACUCAAAAAAGCUGAUAUUGGCUUUUCAAUGGGUAUUCAAGGUACAGAUGUUGCAAAAGAAGCAUCAGAUAUAAUUUUAAUUGACGAUAAUUUUACAUCGAUUGUUAAAGCAAUCAUGUGGGGAAGAAAUGUAACAGAUUCUAUAUCGAAAUUUCUUCAAUUUCAAUUAACUGUUAAUGUUGUUGCAUUAAUCUGCGCAUUUGUUGGUUCAUGUAUUGUUAAAGAAAGUCCAUUACGUGCUGUACAAAUGCUUUGGGUUAAUUUAAUUAUGGAUACAUUAGCUUCAUUAGCACUUGCAACUGAUAGACCAACUAUCGAUUUACUUAAAAGAAAACCAACUGGUCGAAAUUAUCCAUUAAUUACACAUAGAAUGGCAAAAAAUAUUGUUUUACAAGCUAUUUAUCAAUUAUCUAUAAUACUUUUCCUUUUAUUUGCGGGUCCAAGUGUAUUUGAUAUGAAAGAUGGUCAACCUGGUACUAAUGGUUAUAUGCCAUCGGAACAUUUUACAAUGAUUUUUAAUAGUUUUGUCUUAAUGGCAUUAUUUAAUGAAAUAAAUUGUCGAAAAAUUCAUGGAGAACUCAAUGUAUUUCGUCAUAUUUUAGCAAAUAAAAUUUUUUGUACUAUAUGGAUUGUAACUUUUAUCGUACAAAUAUUACUUGUUCAAUACGGUUCAAUGGUAUUUUCAUGUGUUAAACUUUCACUCGAUGAAUGGAUGUGGUGUUUUUUAUUUGGUACAGGAACUUUAUUAUGGAAUCAGAAAAAAUCUGAUAUAAAUACAAAUGGUGUAAUUAAUAACGCAUAUGAACAUUCAAAUGAAUCAAAUGUAAUAAGAUCAUCAAUUAAUCAAGAUUUAAAUAUAAGUGAUGAUGAAAUAAAAAACAUCCGAAUCUUAUGGUUAAGAAAUAUUACACGUAUACGCAUGCAGCUUCGUGUUAUUCGUGCUUUUCGUGAUCAUAUACAAAUCGGAAUGGUAAAAAAUGCUAAUCGACAUGAAAAUCCAAUUAAUUUUUCAAUCAUUUAA